AUGGCGAUAUACUUCCAUGUCAGGAUGAUACACCUCAGACAGCAUGACUUCCAGCUUUUUCUACUUUUCUUUGUGCUUUGCCACGGUCUCAACUGUUACAUUUGCUUUGCCAACACCACAAGUGAUCGACGCCAGUUAAGAGUCAAGCAUGGAACAGAAGUGGAUGUUGAUGCUGGAUUAGAUCAGGACAUAUUUGAAGUAAAUGAAGACUUAGGCUUGAAUCUUGAAGAAGGGGACAUCAAAAUUCACAAGAUGAUUGAUAGAAGCUCCAUCAAGGGUGACAAAUACAGAUGGCCAAAAACAGUUCCAUAUUAUCUGGAAGAUAAUUUACAUGUAAAUGCUAAAGGUAUGAUCCUAAAAGCAUUUGAACAAUACCGCCUCAAAUCCUGCAUUGACUUUAAGCCUUGGAUGGGGGAAGAAAACUACAUCUCUGUAUUGAAAGGCAGAGG